AUGGAAGGCCGAAGAUUAUAUCUUCUUCAUUGUCUUGUCUUCCAUGGCCUUAUCUCGGCUCUUCUUCCUACCACCGUUGUGUCUCAGUCCGAUACAAAGAGCUAUGUUGUAUAUAUGGGCAAUUUGCCUAAAGUUGGAAGUUCAACAGCCUCACUUCAUAACAGCAUGCUACAAGAUCUCUUUGGCAGUAAUUCCAUCACGAGAUCGGUGCUCCGUAGCUACAAGAGGAGUUUUAACGGGUUCGUGGUGGAAUUAACGGAGGAUGAAGCACGGAGAAUCACCGGAAUGAGUGGUGUGAUAUCAGUGUUUCCAAAUGAAAAGAGAAUAUUACAUACAACAAGAACAUGGGACUUCAUGGGCUUCUCCGAACAAGUUCAAAGACAAACUUCGGAAAGUGAUGUUAUCAUCGGAGUUCUAGAUACCGGAAUUUGGCCCGAAUCUGAAAGUUUUAACGACCAAGGAUUCGGUCCGCCUCCCGGAAAAUGGAAAGGCAGUUGCCAAACAACGAGUAACUUCACUUGCAAUAAUAAAAUCAUUGGAGCUAAAUAUUACCGAAGUGAUGGAUUGUUUCCUCCCAACGAUUUCAUUUCUCCAAGAGACUCCAAUGGUCAUGGGACCCACACUGCAUCGACUGCUGCCGGAAGGUUAGUUAAUCGAGCAAACCUGUUCGGCCUUGCAGCCGGAACAGCUCGUGGAGGAGUUCCAUCAGCGCGCAUUGCGGUGUACAAAAUUUGCUGGUCCGACGGUUGUUAUGAUGCCGACAUUCUAGCGGCAUUUGACGAUGCGAUCGCCGAUGGGGUCGACAUUAUAUCUUUAUCGGUUGGAUCAGAUAAUCCGAACGAUUAUUUCAGAGACUCAAUUGCGAUCGGAGCUUUUCAUGCAAUGAGGAAUCGCAUUUUGACAGUGACCUCCGCAGGUAAUGAAGGUCCCGGACGAGCAACCACCACGAAUUUCUCACCGUGGACCAUUUCAGUGGCUGCUAGCACCAUCGAUCGGAAGUUUCUCACUCGAGUUAAGCUUGGAAACGGCAUGAUUUACGAGGGUGUAUCGAUUAAUACAUUUGAUCUCAAGAAUGAAAUGUACCCGAUUAUUCAUGGUCGAAAUGCACCCAACAGAAAUUCUACACCAGCUUCAUCAAGGUUUUGCCUUCACGAUUCAUUGAACCGGCAUUUGGUGAAGGGCAAAAUUGUUGUAUGUGAUACUAUUGUCUCCGGGAGAGAACCAUUGGUGGCUGCUGCAAUUGGUGCAUUGUUUCAAGACAAUGAACCCAAAGACGUUGCAUUCUCGUUUCCUUUGCCUGCUUCACAUGUCGAUAUGGUCGACGGCAGCCGGAUUUUCGUUUAUCUAAACUCCACAAGUAAUGCAACUGCAACUAUAUUCAAGAGUAAUGAGGUUAAUGAUACAAUGGCUCCUUAUGUAGCCUCUUUCUCGUCGAGGGGUCCGAAUCCGAUUACACCCGAUAUACUCAAGCCAGAUCUAACAGCACCGGGAGUAGAUGUUCUAGCUGCUUGGUCUGGGGUUUCAUCGGUAAGUGAAGUUAAAGAGGACAAUAGACUGGUUCCAUUUAACAUUGUCUCAGGAACUUCAAUGGCUUGUCCCCACGUAUCUGCCGCAGCUGCCUAUAUUAAAUCUUUUCAUCCCACUUGGUCCCCUUCUGCUCUCAAAUCUGCUCUCAUGACCACUGCAUCUCCAAUGAGUUCAGGCAUUAACUCGGAUGCUGAGUUCGCAUACGGAUCAGGUCAUUUAAAUCCAGUCAAAGCUAUAAAUCCAGGCUUAAUCUACGAUUCCGACGAACUUGAUUACAUAAAUUUCUUAUGUCGACAAGGCUACGGAACUCGUUUUCUUCAACAAGUUACCGAAGACAAAACAUCAUGUCCUGAACCAACAAAAGGAACAGUUUCAGAUCUCAACUACCCUUCGUUCGCCGUUUUCACUUCUUCUUCAACAACCGUUAGCCACGUUUUCAAUAGAGCUGUUACCAAUGUGGGAUCUCCAACGGCGGUUUAUAGAGCAAACGUGAGUUUUCCGACCGGUACGUUGAAAAUCCGAGUUAACCCUAAUGUUCUGUCGUUCACAUCGAUCGGAGAAAAGCUGUCUUUUGAAGUAAUAGUUGAAGGAACAAUGGAUGAAUCUAUGGUGUCUGGUUCUUUAGUGUGGGAUGAUGGUGAACAUCAAGUGAGGAGUCCCAUUAUUGCAUUUGUUUCAGUAUCAACUUGAAUGGUGGAU